GGAGCACACCGGGGCAGGUAAGUCCCCUGAGUGUAACCAGUGGGCGGCUUCUAGGCUGAAUCCUUUUGUCUGUAUUGGGAAACAGUGAUUUGCGGUUGUGGAUUGCGGAAGAUUUGAUCACGGUUUAAUUCGCAUUCCAUAGGACUUUGCCACUGUACUUCAUAUAUAAAUGGAGACUUAUCGGCAUCACUGCUCGAGGUGAAGCUAUGAUACAGGACUGGAUUUUCAUUAUUUAAACGAUCUUGACUUAUGAAGAAUGGCUGCUGAAUUUAUAAAGAACUGCUGCCGGAUGUGCCUGGGAAAUGACAGCAAAAAAGCUAUUAAUGAAAAACAAUCUUCUGGUGGCAUCAGGAAAGGGUCACAUAUUGUGGAUUUGCCACCCAUGUCCUCUGUGUCUAUAAAGCGGCAAGUGGGAUGUACAGAAGAUUACUUGCUUUCAAAGUUGCCAUCUGAUGGAAGAGAAGUUCCGUUUGUAGUGCCAACAUUUAAGCCGUCCUAUAUCCAGCCAAGAACCCCAACAAGUCCUUCUCACCUGGAAGGGUUCCAAGGAUCUGCUAUAGCCACGUUUGCCGACAGGAAAACUGAGUUAUCCACUUAUCAGCAAGGACCGAACUAUGAUGUGGUCUAUAACCCAAGCUAUGUCCUACAGCACAUCUCUCCAGAUCUGGCGAGACGAGGAAAGCUGAAAUCAGACUCUGUCAGAUUAUAUGGAUCAGUUUGUGAUCUGAGAAGUAACAAAAGUCCUCUCUCCCCUGGGCUCAGCAGCUCCAUGUACGACCUGACCAGCACCCCUCGAUAUAUCCAGAGAUAUGAUUCGGUUUCCAGUGUUCGUAGCAGUAAUUCAUCGAGGAAAGAUUCGCAAGGAAGUAACCGGAGUCUUGAUACUAUUACUUUAUCAGGAGAUGAGAGAGAAUUUGGUCGGCUUAAUAUCAGGCUUCGCUAUGAUACAACUGUUGAACAGAUCUGGAUCACUGUUGUACAGCUGAAAGACCUAAACUGGCCUUCAAGUUGUGGAGACUCCCCGAGCAUUUAUGUUAAAGGCAUCAUUACCUUACCCAAACCAGUGCAGUUCAAAUCCUCUCCCAAGGAAGGAGGACUAGACAUUGAAUUCAUGGAAACAUUUGUAUUUGCUAUCAAACUACAAAGCUUGCAAACUGUAAGGUUGGUCUUCAAAAUUCUCAGCCUAACACCUAGAAAGAAAACCAUCAGCCACUGCUCGAUAUCGCUCCGGGAUCUGGCAGAUGAAGAGAUCGACCACUGGCUGGAUGUAGUCCCUUCAUCAAAAGUAUCUGUAUGUCAUGCUGAGCUCUACAUUGGAACCUGUUUCCAGGCAAUAAACAGUAGGAUUCAAUUACAAAUUCUCAAGGCUCAGAAUCUGCCAAGUUCCUCCACGCCACUCGCAAUAAAUUUCUUUGUGAAGGUGGAAAUGUUUAGCUUAGAAGGACUCCUGUUCAAGAAGAAAACACGGCCAUUAAAAGCAACAAACGGGCAGGUGAACUGGGGAGAGACAAUAAUCUUUCCAGUAACACAGAAAGAAGAAGGAAUAAAUUUCCUGAUUAAAUUAUACAGCAGGAGUUCAGUAAGACGAAAACAUUUCCUUGGACAGAUGUGGAUCAGCAGUGACAGUAACAGCAGUGACGCAGCAGAUCAAUGGACAGAUACAAUCAGAAAUCCAGAGAAGGUUGUUACUAAGUGGCAUAAACUAAACUUAUCCUGAAGUUAGAUGCCAACUACAGAGUACUCUAACUCACCCACAGACCUUCCAUAGAGAUUAUCACUGUACAUACAAGAAGAUAAAUGAAUGUCGUAUCUACUCACCUUAUAACUUUCUUUUGGAGGACAAUGGAAAAUCCAGAAACAUUUCUUUAACCCUUGGGAACCAGAGGGCAAUGAUGCAUUGAUACUUUUAUACCAGCCAAGGGCUUAGGAUAUAAAGAUACACUGUUAAAAUAUCAAUCAUUUUACUAUGGACUUGCACCUGCACAUAAAGCAGAAAAAUCCACAUUUGGACUAUAAUGACACAAAAAAUGAUGAAACGAAACACAUGGCAGACCUGGUGUCUGUUUUGCACUCAAUAUUUUUGCCUUUUGAUCUUUACAUUUCAAGAGCCUGUGCAGAUCUGCCUGCUGUUUUUGCUUCCAGAUGUUGUGAACUUUAAAGAAAUAAGACUUUUACUAAAUUCUUUACUCAACACAACAUAAACCAAAUAUCUUAUUUUAGAAGUAUUUUUGAUUUUAUAUCUCUUUGAAAACAACAUUCAAUUGAAGAAGCUUUUAUUAUAAAAAAUUUAAUAUUGCUUAAUCCAUCACAACCAACAGGUUAAUGUAUAACCUAUAGUAAUUCAAAGAACUGAAAUAUUUUUUUUUACCCAAAAGUAAUGUAUACAUCUGAAAGUGUGAAGGAAAUAGCCGAUACAUAAGUGUUUGUAAAUCUGGAUCCAUUAGGGCAGGGGUUACCUACCAAAUCUACUUUGGGACACCCUUAAUGUAUAUAUCAAAUCUGCAUCAUACCCCUAAUUUAUUUCAAAUCUAUCAGUUUCAACUCAUGGACUCCAGUAAUGUCCUACAAUUACAUAAAUGUGUACAUGCUGUAAGUUAAAAUUAUAUAUAAUAUGCAAUAUUACACAUUGUGUGCCACAAAAUGUUUUUUCAAGAUCAAAUACUUAUGCUAAGAGAUACUGUACAAAAUAUGGUAUACGUUUAACUUAAGCUCUAAUUCUGUUUGGCAUAUUAGGGACAUAUUAAGUUGAAAAUGUCUCAUGGUAGAUGCAAGCAAUGAGCUCAUUUGAAUCCUUUAAAAGCGGCAUUCAACUAGAUUGUAUGCAUGCUUGGGCGAGUUUUGGCUUUCUUUUCUAAGCCAUUCUAAUCUAUUUGAAUAGUCAUUGUUUGAAAUAAAAAAAAAACUUGAGUUGUGUAUAUGAUAUAACAGGGGUAUCUGGCUCAACACCCGAAAAAUUAUAAGAAACAAAAGGUAGGGAAUAAAAGCCAAAAGAAAACUGCACUAUAACCAGGUUUUCUAAAUGUUUUCAAAUGAAUUGAGACUAACUCAAUUUUGAAACCUGUUAAAGAGUCAAAGUUCAGCCACAUAUUCUGGACUGGAUAAACCUGGACUGUAAUUAGCAAAUUGACAUUUAACUCUCCUACUAAGCAUCUUGUAAUCUCUUUCUGAAUAAGAAAAUAUCAGCAAAGUCUAAACAUUUUUCAGAUGUUUUAAAAUCGUUUUUGGUGCAGUUGUUUUUCAAGAGCUAUACUCCACCCACCACUUGCCUUAUUUGGAAGAGCCAAUCCUAGCCAGGUACUGACGCAGACAAGGCUAGCUAUGCUAAUUAUAUAAACUGCAAUAUAUAUAUACUUUUUUUUUGCAUUUUGUAUCUACUGAAGCCAAAAAGGAAAUCGUUGAGAAGUCUGCAGUGUGCAUUUCCAGUUCUAAGAAUGAGAAAAUCCACAAUUUCCAUAUCUAAAUUACAAAAUUGGGUAAAAUAAAUAUUGAAGCUGUA